AUGUCUGAAGAACCAUUUGAAGAAAAUAUAAUUAAUGAGAUAGAGAACGACGAUGAUAAUGAACAAGAUACAUUACUAAAGCAGGAAUUGAUUGCUUUUGUCAAGGCAAAUCCCGCUUUAUAUACAAAAAACUGGAAAGAAUAUGCUGGCAAAGAUUUUUGUAAAGAUCUAGCUUGGGAGAAUAUUGGUUUUAACUUGUCGAAACAAGUGUCAGGGAAAGAUGCCGCCAAAAUGUGGUACAGUAUUUGCCAGCGAUUUGGUAAGGAAAGACGAAAAGUUGUAGCAUCUCUGAAAGGAAGAUCUGGGCAAGAAACAAAGCCUUUAUACGUACCAAAAUGGCAAUUUUACAAUCUUUGUUUAUUCUUAGUGGAUCACAUCACGCCUCGAAGGACUACCAGUAAUUAUAGCUCAAACAAAAUGAAGAAGACCAUUGAAGAAACUUCCUCUUCUCCAAUAUUUAUUUUACCUUCGUCAUUACCAUCACCUUCAUUAUCAGCAAGAUCAAUACCGUCUCCACAAGCAGUAUCUCCUCAAAUAUUGUCUGCACAAGUACUAUCUCCACGAGCACUGUCUCCAGAAGUAACCUCUCCACGAUUACUGUCUUCACAAAUAGUGUUUCCACAAGUACUGUCUCCACGAGCACCAUCUUUGCAAGUACUGUCUCCACGAGCAACGUCUCCUCAAAUACUGUCUGUACAAGCACCAUAUUCACGAACAUCAUCUCCACAAGUACCAUCUUCACAAGCAUCAUCUCCACAAGCAUCAGUGCUUUUGUCUCCAUCUAGUAUAUGGUCCACGAGUGAUUUAGAAUUAGUAAUUAGCGACAACAGUGCAUCAGCAUACUCGGCUGAGGAAAAUAAAGAAAAUGAAGCUUUACAUGCGCCCACAUCUUCAUCCAGUAGCCUUAAUGUGGAGGAAUGUUCUGCAUCAGCAUCCAAAGACGUGUUAAAAACGAUGCGAAAGAUAUCCUCAUCAACAGAAAGAAUUAUUCCCGAGCCUGAUAACUUUGCUAAACUCAAAAGGAAAGACGAUGAUCUGCUUAUGCAAGCUAUCAACAAGCAAUCAACAGCUCUGAUUUCUUUCACUACAAAAUUUGGAAACUCUUUGAUGACAUCAAACAAACGUUCUACUCCUUCCUCAGCUUCAUCUGUUAUUGAUCCAGUCUUGGCUGCCAUUGGAUAUGCUCUUAAUUCCGUACUCGAAGAAAAACGUCUUGAAUGCAUGAUGGAAGUACUUCAACUUAUAAAAUCAAAAUACAUUCAGAAAUAAUUUUUAAGUUUAUUAUAUCUAAUUCAG